AUGAUGGCCAUCCGAAGAGUUGCCUAUCCCGAAGGAAGGACUGACAAGCCUUUCGAGCGGGCAAGACUGCUGAGCACUGAGGCGAGAAUCAGCUCUUCCCAUCUAGCCUCUCUCUCUCAAGGCACGGUGCGACUCUCUGUCUCUGUCUUCUGUCUUGUCGUGCUGACGGGUGUUGUCCUCACAGAUUUCCCUUUUCCAUGUCAAUAG